AUGUCAGUUAAGGACGAUAUUCCAGCUAUAUUUUUGGACAAGUUGUCCCCCAGAGGGUUAGAAACGAUCCAAAGAUGUAAGGACUUUGUGGAUGAUUAUUGUCUUCCAGGGGAUAAGUUGCACGCUCAACAGAUGUCUAAUGACCCAGCUACGAGAUGGAAGGUUAUUCCGGAGAUUACGGAGAAACUUAAGAAGAAGGCUAGGGAAUUGGGUCUUUGGAACAUGUUCUUGUCUAAACAUUAUCCCGAGGGUCCUGGCUUUACGAAUUUAGAGUAUGGGUUGAUGGCACAAUACUUGGGACGAUCAUUUGUCGCCCCAGAGGCCACUAAUACUAAUGCGCCAGACACGGGGAAUAUGGAGUUGUUUGCAAGAUAUGGAACACCAUAUCAGAAGGAAAAAUGGUUGAAGAGGUUGUUAGAUGGGGAAAUUAGAUCAGCAUUCUUGAUGACAGAAAAAGGGACAUCUUCAUCGAAUGCGUUGAAUAUUUCUUGCACGGCCAAGUUGAAUUCAAAUGGUAAUUACGUUAUCAACGGUGUAAAGUGGUUUGCUUCUGGCGCAGGUGACCCUAGAACAGCUGUGUGGUUAGUGAUGUGUAAAACUAGCGAUAGCACUAAAGAUUUGUACCACAAUCAUUCUGUGUUGGUAUUGGAUGCUAAAAAGGCAAUUGAUUCAGGCAAGGCCAAUGUGAUUCGUCCAUUGACGGUAUUUGGAUACGAUGAUGCACCUCAUGGUCACUGUGAAAUUGAAUUCAAUGACUAUGAAAUUCCAAAGGAGGACAUGAAAAACAUCUUGCUUGCGUCUGAAGGUAAAGGAUUUGAAUUAAUACAAUCACGUUUAGGUCCUGGUAGAAUUCACCAUUGUAUGAGAUUAAUUGGGGUUGGGGAGUAUGCAUUACUUGCAGUUGCCCAUAGAGCUAAUAACAGGAUGAUUUUUGGAAAACCAAUGAACCAAAGAGAAACAUUUAUUACUGCUUAUGCUCAACACAAGAUUGAUAUACAAAAAUGCAGACUUUUGAUUUUGAAUGCUGCCCAUAAGAUUGACAUUCUGAAUCCAAAGAAUGCUCAACAAGAAAUCGCGAUGGCUAAAAUUGAAACACCAAGAACUAUUUUGAAAAUCUUGGACUGGGGCAUUCAAAUGUUUGGUGCUGAAGGGGUAUCACAGGAUACUGAAUUGGCCAGAUUAUACGCAAUUUCAAGAACAUUGAGAAUUGCUGAUGGUCCUGAUGAAGCCCAUUUAAACCAAUUAGCAAGACAGGAGGCCAAGAAGUUUAAAUUUGCAGAUGAAUUUUUUGCCAAAUUUGAUCAAAACUAUAAGAAUUUGUCGAAGUUAUAA